AUGGAGUUCGAAGAUAAGCCAAUUGGAGGCACUAAAUUUGUGCUAGAUGAGUAUCCUCCAGGUUAUGAUCCUAAUGCAAAAAAAGAAGAGACAUAGGAAAAGCUACCUCUUCAAACAAGAAUUAAGAGUACUGUCUUUAAAAAUAGAAAAGAAGCAAUUGAGGAAUUAAUAGAGUUGUUUAAGAAAACGGAGGAUGUAAAUGACGCAGUUUUUAGUGAAUAUACAUCAAUGUUUUCUAAAUUUGUUAGUGAUUCCAACCCUGCUUGUUUGGAAAAGGGUCUUCAAGCAAUUUAGAUUUGGUGCGAGAAAAUGGAAUCUUUGUCAUCUCUUUCUGAGCCUUAAGAAUUCCUUAAACUUACUGUUGAAAAGGCUUUGUCAUAGGGAAAGCAAAAUAUAACAGACAUUAUUUACGAAAUAUUUUCAAUUUUCAUAGAAAAAGGACAAAAGGAUGAUGUUUUAAACUCCCUUAAGAUAUGUUUUCCUCACAAAAAUCAAAAAGUUCAGUGCUGUUCCAUUUAAGCCGUUUUAGAAAUUUUAAAGAGAUUCGGUGCAAGAAAGUUAGAUUAUCUCAAGCAGUUCCUUCCAGAAAUUUAGAAAUUAUCUGAAGUAACUAUCUCAGGUGUCAAAGCAGCAUGUAUGACAUUUUUUAAAGAAGCAUUCAAAUGGUUGGGAGAAGGAAUGAAAAUCUUUACAGAUAAGUUAAGUAGAUAGUAACUUGAAGAACUUGAAAAGUUCUAUGCAGAAUACAAAGAAGAAGAACCUUUGAAGCCUACAAGAGAGUCUGCCCUAAAAGAAGAACAAGAGUUAACCAAAGGUGGUAAAGGAAAAGCAGGAGCUAAAAUUGAUGCAUAUGAUAUGGCCAUAGCCCAAGAUAUAUUUUCUAAAUUUAACGAAGCAUGGACAGAAAAAGUCCUUGCAACUUAAAAAUGGAGUGAAAAGAAAGAACUUCUUGAUGCCUUAAUAAAAGCUGCUUCAGUUCCAAAACUUGCUCCAACUAAUUACUAUCCUAUUGUUUAGAUGUGUAAGAAAUUAUUGAAUGAUAGCAAUGUCAAUAUUUAGGUUUGUGCUAUUAAAAUUGUUGGGUUAUUAGCAUCAGGACUUAGAAAACAAUUUUCGUAGAGUGCUAAAUUGCUGAGUUCAUAGAUAGUUGAAAAAUUCAAAGAUAAAAAGCAAUUUAUUGUAGAUGAAGCAUUAAAGACUUUAAAGAAUUAUUUUUACUGUAUUACUUUGGAUGAAUUAACUGAAGAUUUAAAGGAAGCUUUGAAUGAUAAAAAUGCAGGAUCUAAAUUAAAUGCUAUAAAUUUGUUAAUUAAUUGCAUUGAAGAUGAAAAAUAUAAAAACACUUUUAAGCUGUUCUUUUAACAAUUGAGAAAAUUACUUGAUGACAGCUCAGAAGAUGUUAGAAACAAAACUAUUCAAUUAGUAGGAAAACUUAAAGGUUACUACACAGAUUCUUACACUUAGAGUAUCACAUUAAAUUUGAAUCAAUAAAAAAUGUCUAAGAUCGAUUAAUAUGCUUCUUAAGUCCAGCCAUUUUAGUCUUCUGAAAUGAAUAAUUCUCAAUUAGGGUCAUAAAUGAGUGACAGAAUAUCUCCUCCUAAGCCAGCUUCAAGUGGAGCAACCUUAAAAAAAAAUGCUGCAAAUGGUACAAGCAAUAACUCUACAAACAACAAUAAAUUUUAGAAAAUAGGAUUAUAGCCUGCAUCUACAUAAAAUGGAAAUAAGGCUAAUACUUCCAUGGAAAUAGAAAACGACAAUAUUCAUAGCAUAUAAAAUUCAAAUCCAAACGCCAGAAUGGAUAUUUCUAAAGAAUUAGAAAAACCUCUUAGAAAAAUACAAGAACAAAAGCAACAAUCUAAAAAAGAAGGUUUAGAUAUUUUAGAAGUUCUUUUGCAAUAAGCAAAUUACAAAAUAUCUUCAAACGGAAUAUCUGAAUUGGUCAUUGCUUUGAAAAAGUGCCUUUCUGAAAGCAACAAAAGUUUAGUCAGACAAUUUAUUUCUUUUGUGGCUAAGUUUGGUGAGGCUCUUGGAAAGGAAGCUAAGGUUUUUGCCAAAACUCUUGUACCAGGAAUAAUGCAAAAUUUAUCAGACAAACAAGCUUUAGUCAGAACAGAGGCACAAAAUGCACUUGAGAAAUGGGCAGAAUUAAUUGGAAUCGAAUAAAUAAUUAAUUUUAUCCCUCCAUUUUUAGGAUACGAAAGCUUAGAAAUUAAAAACGAGUUGAUGAAUUAUAUUAUUAAAAACUCAGAAAGUUACUUAAAAAGUGAUCUUAAAUCAUUCACUGUCCCGAUUCUCUAGCGUUUAACUGAUAAAACGAAAGAAAUCAGAACACUUGCAGAGCAAAUUCUCGAAAUUACUCUAUAAGUAUUCCCUAUUUCUCACUUCUACGACUCUGUCAAAGAUUUCAAGCCAGCAGUCGUUCAAUAGCUAAGAUCAAUCUUUGAAAAGUACUCAGGUGGAAAACCUGACCAAGGAGUUAAAACAAAUUAAGUAAAUGAAGAUACGAAUAGUUACUCAUAACAAAACAAUCCCUACGUCAACAGAUAAAUGCCCAUAGAACAUAACACCAACCAAAAUGCCUAUAAUCCACAUAGAAACAACAUUCAGGCAAGAAAUAUUCAACAACAACAAGCUCCUCCAUAAUUAAAUACAUAGACUCUCAAAGAAAAAAGAAUUGACAUGGAAGAAUAAAGACCUUGGCCUCUUGAAACGAUUCAUGAUGAUUUAGUGGAAGAUUUAAUAGAGAACUUUAGAUAAGUUGGAAUUCCUAAUGAGUUGAGAAUGAAAAUGUUUUCUUAUAAUUCAGCUAGUGUGAUUGAAGCAGCUAAGUAUGUUAAAGAAAAAAUAUCUAGCGCUUCAUAGAUAUCAGAUAUUCUAAUAAAAUGGAUUUAUUUGAGAUUGUGGGAAUAAAGAAAUAUUGAGGUUUGUAAAGUCAUUCUUGAAAUGCAAAAGCAAAUAUUUGAUUGCUUAAAAGGUGAAUAGUACUAUUUGGCUGAUUAUGAAUUGAAUAUUAUUUUGUCAAGCAUGUAUUUAUGUAUGGAAUUGCAUAGCAAGAGCAGUGAAAUUCUUAAUUUGAUAGUGUCAGCUCAUGAAAGACUGAGAUUGAUUUGCUCUUCUUCAAAGAUUAUGAAAUUUUGGGUCAAUCGUCUUUAAGUUAACAGUAGUUUUUGUGAAUUAAUUAUAUUGGUUCUGAAUAGUGGACUUUUUACUUCUGAGCUAAGCAACGAGUUAGGAACACUUAGUAAAAUUGAGGCUAUUGCAUAAAACUAAGAUAUAGUUACUGCUUUAUUGAAUACUUAUGGUGAUCAUGUCAUGAAGGCUUACGGAUUCUAGUUAUAAAGCAACUCAUUCUAAAGUAUUAAACAAGAAAAUAAAACCAACGAAAUAGGCGAAGAUUAAGGUUUCUUGGAGAUAAAACAAAAUCUCUAUAAACUUGGAAAUAAAGAUAUAAAUUUAAAGCUCUACACAGUUCAUUUUUUGAAUGAAGCAUUUUAGAAUCCAGAAAAAAUAUAAAUCAUGAUUAAACAUAGUGAUUUAAUUACAUUAGAAAUUACUAAGUAUUUGAGCACUUGUAUGAUAGAGCUUAAAUAAAAGGAAAUCCAAUAUGAAUUUUUCAAUUCUUUCUUGAAUCUUUUCAUUAAAAUCACCAAUACCAAGUAGUUCUUCUGCUCUAUCUCCUCCGCUUCUACCAAAAAUGUUGCUGAAACAAUCUUAACUGAGCUCAUAUAAGCUGAUGAAAACAAAGAAGAUAAAAACUCUUAAUAAGCAGUUAAGCAAUUAAAUACAUUGAUGCUUAGAGUUUUAGAAAAUGGAGAAAUUAACAACAUGCUCUAAAUAUUAUUUGACUUGCUCAUCUUUUAUCGUAGAAAGAGUGAAUAUUCUAAGUAUAUUGCUAUUAUAAUAAGAUGUAUUCUUAAGCUUGCAAAGGUUCUGAGAGAUGAUAUCAAGGAAGUUAACUUGGAUAGUUUGUUCAUUAAAUUCCAUUAAUAUAUCUCUGAAUUUAACCAUGAAAAUUAAAGAAGUGAUGAUAUUGGUGUUAAAGCAGUAAAAACUAUGAUUGAUUAAAUAGCUAAAGCAGUAGACAUCCCUGUUUUAAUGCAACACUAUAAAGUUUUAGAAAACUAGCCAAUUAAAGACCAGUAAAUAAUCAAAAUGAUAGAAAUUAUCUCAAACACAACCACUAUUCACCAAUCUCCUCUGACUAAGGCUACUCCUGUAAGUAAUGGAGGAAUAGACAAAAUGUCCUAGCUUAAGUUGAGAUACGCUUAAAUGCUUGCAAAUAAAAGCCCAAACUCAUAAAUCGAAGAAGAAAGUGUAUAAAGAAGUAUCCAAAGACUGAACAACAGCAUUCAACAAGCAAAUAAUAUGCCAGUUCUAAAUAACAUUACAAACAUCAACCAAUAAAACAUAAUUGAAAAUCAAAAAAUAAUAGAAGAAAAUAGCUAAAUAAAUGACCAAAACCAUAAGACGAAUUUAUUUGCCAAUCAUUGA